AUGACAACAAAAACGACAAUUACUCUAUCACCAAUAAAACGCUGUCAUGGAUCACCUAAUUUAAAAAAACGUCGAUUAACAUCUUUAUCUAUACAUCGUAAACAACAAAUGAAUUUAAUAUUACCUAUUCCAACAAUAAAUUCAUCAUCAACAAUUCUUACAGUUAGUUGUGACAAGCAAAUAAUGCCGUCAAUACAGUUACCUGAUCUUAUAAAUGAUAUAGUCAUUGAACAACAACAACGACGAGAAAUGAUCGUUAAUAUUGCAACUAUAUUACGAAAAGUUGGUGAUCAAGUAGAUGAACAAUUACAGGUAAUGAUCUUCAAAAAUAAAUAUUUAUCAAUAAAUUCUCAUUCAUAUGGAACUUUUUAUUUAGAUAAACAAUAG